AUGGCAAAAACACCGGCGACACCGGCACCGCCAGCACCGGCACCGGCCAUCAAGAACGACCCGGUGCCAGCCACCAAGGUCGCCACGGCCCUCAAGCCGGCGGCGGUCGAGACGCUGCGGUCGAUCAAGAAGUUUCCGGAGGAGGAGCCCGCCCCGGCGGCGAGCGCCUGGCAUGGCAAGGCGCCCCGCGGCUCCACGCCGUCGGCCACAAACUCGGGCGCGACGGUCAAGCCCAAGACGGUCAACCCCAAGACGACCACGACUGCCACGCGGAAGAGCUCCGUCUCCGCCUCCGGCUGGCUCUCGUGGCCCAAGCUCUGCUGGCACAACGUGCUCUGCACCGUCUUCACCUGCCUCAUCGCGGGCGCGAGCGGCGGCGCCUUCGCCUAUUCCUCGCGCGGCUCUGACGGGCUCCUCUCUUCGAUCGUUGUGCCCGACGCGACGGCCCUCCCGACCGCUCCUGUGAAGGCCAGACUAGGGCUGCAGGGCUGCAAGCUCGUGAGGCAGACGAGCAAGGCGCAGUGUGAGCAUGGGCGAAGCUUUGGGUGUGACCAUGCGCGCGGAAGCAUGUGGGUCGCAAACUGCAGAGGCGUGUUUCGUUGUGCAGGGCACAGGGUGCGCUGCGGACAUCCGCCUGGUCUCCCAGCGUACAACUGCUCCUGCGCCCCACCAGACCACCCGUUGACUCAAUACCUGGCAACGCAGUGGGUAUUUCAUUCAAUGCCAGCCAGCGCAUUAACGCAGCUGGUCGACUUUGUGAGCGUGCUCGCGGGGUUCCAGGCUUGCCCAAGCCUCGAAGCGACGCGCUCGCUCAGGACCGCGCUGGCGGACGGGUUCACUGCGGAGGAGGCCAUGUUGUGGCGCAACCCACACAAAGGUCUGUGGCGCUCGGUACAGGUCAAUGCUCCGUGCAUCGAGACGGCGGGGUGGUGGGUGAGCAGUCCGAGCGCCAGCUGGUUCGCGCACCCCAUGUGGGCCCACUGUUGCAACAAGGACCCGAGCACAUCGCGGUGUCCGAGCGCGUUGAUUGAGGCACCGACGGCCUGCAACAGACGCAAAGCUCUACUGGGAAGAUGCGAGUCAGAUGCAACGCUCCUGUGCGAUUCGUAUCUCCCCGUGGCAGCGGCGGGUAGGCUCGUUUACUCGUUUGGCAUCGCUAACCAGUGGACUUUUGAAGACUGGGCCGCAUCGAGGGGCUUCGAGGUGCACGCCUUCGACCCGACGACCCGGACGCGGGCUGCUCACGAGGCGCAUAAGACCAAGAAUGUGCACUUCCACUUCAUGGGGCUGGGCGCGCUCCGCGGAAAAGCGGGCUCCCUUGUAACGGCAGGCUAUGGAGCGCUCGGUGGUGAGGUGCUGCCAUUCGACGCAAUUCGCGAGAGGCUCGGUCACACCACGCGGCUCAUCCAGCUUCUCAAGAUCGACUGCGAAGGAUGCGAAUGGGAGGCGUUCGUCGACGCCGCAACUCGCAUGCCCUCAGUACUUGAAAAGGUCUGCACCAUAAUCCUGGAGAUACACGUGUCGCGAACGCUGCAGAUGAACACCACGGCUGACCUGAGGCGCAUGGCGGCCUUUUGGGAUCUCUACGUCGUCAAGAUGGGCUUCCGCUUCUGGUACCUGCACGCCAAUCCAGGCGCAGCGUGGGACCGCACUGUCCAUCCGAUUCUCGCCCAGCUUGGUCUAGACCCGAGUAUCUGCUGCUACGAGAUCGGUCUGCAUCGCGAGACGGCUGAGUGUGCCGCGCAGGAAGCCGUCAUUCCCAGCGCUCCUGCGGAAUUUAACGGAACAGCGAGCCAAGGCAGCAGCGCUGAGAGGAUGCACGCCGAGCGCGGGCGGGGUGUUUUUGUGAUCUUGGCGCAGAACGGUAACCACUCUUCAUACGGUCGUGACUCGGUGGCGCUCCUGAGGCGGACAUUGCGCUACUUUUACCAUUACUACAACAAGCGAGAGCGGGACGACGUGCGCAUUUGUCACUCGGGCGACUUCGAUGCCCAGACACAAGAGGCCGUUGCCGCGGGCCGGAGAGAAAUCCGCUUCCUGCACCUCAAGGGCGACAACUGGAAGGUCUACCCGGAGUGGUUGGCCCUGUCGAACCGCUCCGCUUGGAGAUCGACAGAGUCGGAUGGAUACCGAAUGAUGAUCCGGUGGUACGCCGUGCGGAUCUGGCCGACGCUUCACGAUAUGGGGUACAAGUGGGUGUGCCGGCUCGACGACGACUCGCUCCUGCUGAGUGAGAUCCCUUUCAACCUCUUCUCCUUCAUGCGCUCGCGCGGCUUCGACUACGCGUACCGAAAUGUGGCCAUGGAGCGCGGCGGCUGGGACGGCAACGGAAAUUAUGGCGACAAGUGGUGGGAAUGGGUCAAUCUGUACGUGAGCAAAAUGAAGCUGCAGCCAAAGUGGCUCUUCGAGGCGAACGCAUGCCGCGAACGCAGCUUCUUGCACGAGAACUGCGGCAAGGAUUUCUUCGGUUUCUAUAACAACUUCUUUGUGGCCAACAUCGAGCGCUUCCUGGAGCCAGAUAUACAGAACUUGCUCCACGAACUCGAUGAGUCAGGCCUUAUGUUCAUGAGUCGGUGGAAUGACCUGAUUAUCCAGUCCCUGGCGGUACAGCUGUUCGUGCCCAAGAGCCGCGUGCACCGCUUCACCAGCUUUGGGUACGCCCACAACUCUGGACACGCCGACACGCUGCGCUACGGCAUCGUGCAGCUUGCAGCGGGCCUGCCCAACCCAGAGCGCGCGAUGGAGAAGGUCCUUGCUUCGGUGCUGCAUUGGCCGGUUUGGCUUCAAAACAAUUCGCGCUUUGUGGAUGGCAUGUACACGCUGAGCCGGCCAGCCUCAAGCCUCUUCUGA